GGGAUUCCUAUUAGUCAAAAUAGAGAAGUCGGUGUGUGCAAACCCUUCCUUACAGCUGCUUUUGUUCCAUCUACCUGGCUUAUCUGGCCAGAUCAGCUGACGUGUUUGGGAAGUAUGAGGGUAUUUUUAAAAGAGCUACGACAGGAUCUCUGAAACAUGGCUGAGGAUACAGUACUCCUUGCUGCCGUUUCCAUUCUUUCUGCUUGUCAGCUUGCAUAUUAUUCAGCGCUUGUGGGCAAGUCAAGGGUAAAGCAUAAAGUCAAUCCCCCUGCAGUGACGGGGCCACCAGAAUUUGAGAGAACCUUGCGUGCCCAACAAAACUAUGUGGAGUUCAUACCAAUAUUCUUGGUACUGCUGUGGACUGCUGGCAUUUACUUUCAUCAAGAAACAGCUGCAGUUUUUGGAUUGCUACACAUAAUAGCACGGCAUAUCUAUUACAGAGGGUAUACGAAUUCUGUACAAGGCAGGGUUCCUGGAUUCUUGAUGUGUUUGAUAAUGCUGUUUCUGCUGCUUCUUGUGGCUGCUGUUGGCAUUGCAGACAGUCUUCUGAAGAAAUAUCUGGACCUGAACAUUUUGAAAAUAAUGCACAAGAUAAUAUAAUAAUUAGGAAGGAAAUCAAAUUGCAUUUUGGCUGCUUUAUGUGUAACUGAACUGGUGCAGUACAGCAGUUUAGCAUGAUAAUAUCAAGCCCCUGAAGUCUUCAUCUCAAUGACAUGUCUAUAAUGAUAUACAAUAGCAUACAAUGUAGAGAGUGUGAGUUUGAGUUUCAUUUUUGAGUCUGAGAUAAAAAAUUAAUUUGGAAUGAAAAAAAGUUGAUAAUGAAGAAAAAUUGUAUAGUUCCAUUUAUUUCAAUAAGACUAUAAAAUGAUGAUGGUUUUAAAACUCUCAAUAUAAAAAAUCUCAAACAUCAA